CUCUCUCUCUCUCUCUCUCUCUCGCUCGCUCUCUAGCUCUAAACUCACACCGCCACCACCACCACCGCUGUUGCUGCCGUUGUUAUUCUCAAACUGGCGAUCGUUAAUCAAGAAGCCACCAUCGUUCGUGAAAUCAAACCCAAGAACCGCCGGAUUAUGGGUGCCGGAGGACCUGAUGAAGAAGAACAAAAGUGGCCGCCAUGGUUGAAACCGAUGCUUCGAGAAAGCUUCUUUGUUCAAUGCAAAUUACACGCAGAUUCGCACAAGUCUGAAUGCAAUAUGUACUGCUUGGAUUGCAUGAAUGGCCCUCUUUGUUCUCUCUGUCUCAAUCACCACAAGGAUCAUCGUGCUAUUCAGAUUCGAAGGUCAUCGUAUCACGAUGUGAUCAGAGUGUCCGAGAUUCAGAAAUACUUGGACAUCAGUUCAGUGCAGACUUACAUUAUCAACAGCGCAAAAGUUGUGUUCUUGAACGAACGUCCACAGCCGAGGCCCGGAAAAGGCGUUACCAAUACCUGUGAAGUUUGUGAGCGAAGCCUUCUUGAUUCCUUCCGAUUCUGUUCACUUGGUUGUAAGAUUGUUGGAACGUCGACGAAUUUCGAGAGGAAGAGGAAGAUUUCGCCGGAGAAGAAGCAUUUAAUGAUGGCAAUCUCCGAUUCAGAGGAUUCUUACAGCAGCAGCAGCCAUGGACGUCAGAGUAACCAUAGCAACGGCCGGACCCACAGUUUCACUCCGUCAACGCCGCCGCCGACCGCCGCUAGCUUCAGGACGGCCAAGAGAAGAAAGGGCAUACCUCAUAGAGCCCCCAUGGGUGGACUAGUCAUAGAAUACUAAACCACCCAGUCAACCCCCCUACACUUCUACUUAAUUACCCAAUGCCCCCCCCUUAUACCUACUCUUUUCAAAACACACCCUCUUCCUAAUUUCCUUGCAUUAGUGCUUUUCACAAAGGCCGGUGUGACGAAAUUUACCAUUAUGUACAAAGACGCACCCUAUAGUUAAUAGUAAUAGUCUUGGAAUAGAAGGGCAAAAAAGGAAACAAAAUAAAAAAAAUCAAGACAAUAUGAUAAAUUGUCUACAAGGUGUAAGUUGAAUGGUAUAGUAGUUUUGCGUUGUAUUGGAAAAUAAAUAAACAAAGCUUCCAUAAAAUGUCAAAUACUUUGGUUAUAUUUGUCAAGAAU